AUGGCCCCAGCCCAAUUGCGUCUCGUCUUUCUAACUAUUUUCCUACGUUUCAUAGCUGCACAACAGAAUGAUGGUUCUGUAUCUGUUGGUGCAUCACUCACAGCCACAUCCGAUGUGAAACCAUGGCUUUCAUCUUUUGGUGAAUUUGCCUUUGGGUUCAAACAAGUUCAAUGGAACGAUAAUUUCUUGUUAUCCAUAUGGUACGAGAAGAUACCUGACAAGACAAUCGUCUGGUAUCCAGAAGAAGGUCGGAUGGUGCCUACAGGAUCCAAAGUUGAGCUACUUCGUGAAAGUGGACUUGUACUCACCGAUCCUCAGGGCACAGAGGUAUGGAGAUCGGGUUCCAUUUCCGGUGUUACAUCAGGUUUUAUGAAUGAUACAGGUAACUUCGUGAUUUUUGGUAGCAAUUCUCGCAAGUUAUGGGGUAGUUUUGAUUUUCCAGCAAACACCCUGUUGCCUACUCAGGUUAUGGAGAUAGGUGGAGGCAUGAAUUCAACAAUCAAUACAACAAACUUCUCUGGUGGACGAUUCCAGUGA